AUGGACACCAUUCAGGAAAGGAAGCUGGGGAAUAAAUGGGUGGGGAAAAUUAAUGAACAGCAGAAAUCACUGCGAGGGAAGGUUGGACUGACAGCCCAGUUGUCAAAUCACAAAGCAAACAACCGGGACACAGAGCGACACCCCUGCUAGCCUAUCGCGUUUCGAGUCCCGCCUUUCACGUCGCAAAUCUCUCCCUCUCCCUAUUAUUGCUUCGUCCUCACCUUCACAACCUCAGCGGGCGCUUAUUGGUCCCCAUUUGAUUGAGAGCGAAUGCUAGCCAAUGAACGACGUCCAUAUAUAAAGCCCCCUUCCAAUGACAGAUGGUGUAGCAUGAAAAGGGGCCGCGCUACGUCCCGGCUGCGCGGCGCAGAGGCAGAGGGCGGCGGGGGCGCCAUUUUGUGAAGAGUCCGGAGCGUGGAUGAGGCGAAGGUAUAUGUGAAAGAAGAAGGAGGAAAAUAAAAAGCCCUAUAGAUAAGGAAAACGACGCCGUUCCGGAGCUGGGGCCUCCUGGUGAGUUCGUUGCCUGGAUAUUAACGCCUCAGGUGGCCAAGGAAGGAGCGGCGACGCUUCUUUCCUUUUUCGCGCUUCGGCCGAGGGGGGGGGGAGUUAAUGAUGGUACCGCCCUUUCUCUCUUGUUUUCUUCCCCCGCCACUUUGGUAUCUCCCUUCCCGGCCUUCGCAGGGAAAUGGGAAGAUGCGAGAGAUUCUCCCUCCUCCCUCCCCCCGCUUACUCCAAAUGGUACAUUCCGAGCUAAUUCAUAUGUGUUGCCUCUGGAAGAGACCAUUGUACUUGGGCGGGGGAGGAGGAGGAAAUAAUCCUCAUCCCCCCCCCUUGAAAGAGUUAGGUGGCGGUGGGACAAAAAACGACCCACGUGAGGCUAUUGGCUUUGGUCAGGAAGUGACAUUUCUGCCCGCGUGUUCCUUUCCCGUGCAGAAGGCAUGGCGCCCGCCCGCCCUCUCUCCUGGCCUAAUCCGGAUUAGUGGUCUAAUGUAGGCUGCGCUCCUGGCCACGCUUUUCUGAGCUCAGUGGGGCUGCUUCAUGAAUAAACAUGGCUGAAGAGUUGCGCGGGUGCGCCAUAUAUAUAUAUAUAUAUGUUAUAUCCUGCCUCUUAGCCCUCACAAGGCAGUGCACAACUGGAGGAGAUCCACUUGAAAUGCAUUUGGGUUGUAUAAUAAUAAUAAUAAUAAUAAUAGUAAUAAAAAAGAAUUCUGAGCAACCAACAAGUCUCAGGAAUGAGUGACAUAAAAACAACUGGGAAAAGUGUAGCAGGUUGCAACAAAUCGAGUUUUUGAGGCAUGCUUGAAGGCUUUGUUAGCUCUGCAGGGAGGGAGUUUCAGAGCCAUGGUGCCACCACACAUGAGCCCACCAGCCUAAUAACUAUGGGAAGGGCAGUAAGGUCACAGGCUUAGUCCCUGGUGUCAUAAAGUCAGGUUCCUGUAACCUGGGGAGAGGUGCUGCCAGUCAGAACGGGCAAUACUGAGCAAGAUGGGCAUGCAAUCUGAUAUUGUUAAAGGCUGUUUUUUCUGUGUUCCCCUUGUGGGCAUGCCAGAAGGGCCUUUGUUGUUGUUUUUUUACAGACACUGAGAAUCAUAAGAGCUAAGGGUGGUCCUUUAGAGAAGCUGGCCACAAAUAUUGAGAGCUUUACAGGUUAGCAUCAGCAUAUUGAAUUGAGCUUGGAAGCUCUCUAGUGACAACUGGAGUAAAGCUGUUCUUACAUGCUCAGGUCUCCUGGUCCUCCUUAGCCUUUGUGCCAUUCAGCCUGCAAGACCCUGCAAAAAUUAGAAGUCAUACAGACUGUUGCUUAACUACAGUAUGCUAGCAUCUUGCACCGGGGCUGUGUUCUGGGGAUGGUAUGUAUAAGAAAAAACACAUCUCUGAACUGCCUCCUUAGAACUGCCCUCAUGUGACCAUCCUUGCCUACCAAGCAAGGCAGAGAGUUUUUAAAUUCUCCACCUUGCUUACCAGGCUCCGGGAGGCUCUUUUGAGAUCUUGUUGCUGGGCCGUCCCAAGAGCCUCCCAGAACCUGCAAAGCAAGCCCGGGAGAUUAAAAGCUUUUUCGCACUGGGAAAAGACAACACAAAAGGCGCUAUUAAACUGGCAUACAUGCAAUUAAUUUGCAGUAUUUAAUUGCGCUUAAGGUGGGAACAUACUGAACUUUUUUUGUUAAAAAAAAUAAAAGUUCCAGAGGGAUCAUGUUUGUCACAUUGAGGAAUACAGUGAGAAGCAGGGUAUGCAUUCUUUAAAUAAAUAAUCAGUUGCUGCAAAAGCAGAAUGCCUUGUGGCACAUCAAUAGGCUGUGCAAUCUUAGAUUUUCUUGGAAGUACAUAUUACUGAGCUUAAUGUGGCUAGUUCCAAAGGAAGCGUAUAUAGGAUUGCAGCAAGAUUGCUAUAUUAUCUUGCCUUUCUCACAGAACCAGGACUCAAGGGGGUUUACAGAAAUUAAAACAACAUGGAUAAAACACAGAAGUUUAAAAGUUAUUAAACAGAGAAUUAAAACAAUAUAAAAAUAAAUCUACUGUAUUAAAAUACAGAUAGUAAAAGCAGCACAGAACUACUCAAAGCCCUUUCUUUAAAAACAGUUCUCAAAAGGCUUUAGGAAUAAAACAAGUCUCCACCUGCCAGCAGAAGGACAGUUAGGAAGGAACCAGUCUAGCUUCUCUAAGGAGUUCCAAAAUUUGGGAACAGCCAUCCAGAAGGCCUUCUCCUGCAUUUCCACCAAAUGUGCUUGUGAAGGUGGUGUAACCCAGAGAAGGGCCUGCCCCAAAGAUCUCAGAACCCAGGAAUGUUUGCAUGGUCUUUCAGAUAACCUGGACCUAAGGUUCAUUUUUAGAUUUGUUCGUCUUUAGAGCUGCCACCCCACUCCUUGCUGCUUUUUCUGAAGGAAAAAAAUCAUUAGUAGUUCCCUGGCCUGGUAUAGAUUGUUGUCAAUUAUUGCUCUAAAUUUUGUAUAAUUUGGGGUGGCCUAUUUAUAUUGGGUCUGUUUUGCAUGCUUAGCAAAUGGGAGUCAAAAACACUUUUGUAUAUUGCCUUUGCCAGCUGCAAUUGAUUCAGUACAGCUAUGCUGCCUGUCUUGAAUUUGGAUUUGCGUUUUAAAAAGUUUAAUUGUUAAGGAAGAGAAUUGGGUUCAGCUCAUAUAGACCCCAGCUUUGAAACAGGGUUAAGUAGGGUUAACUGCUCUGCUCCUGGGGAAGCCCACAAAAGCCUGAUCUUGCAUUUCACUUGGAAUCCUUCAGAAUCAUGUGGCUGCUAAUUGUGUUGUUAGUUUAGAAGUAAUUUGUACAGCACUUAAUAUUGGUGAACAUCAUGUUGAAGAGCUAACAUCCUGCUUUGAGGUAGGACGUGGUGUUCCUGUGAAAGACAGAGAUAGACAGGAUCAGGAGUGAGGGUCUGGUAUUGAUGCCUAGCCAUAAGCUAGGUUUACAGUGAUGGUUUACAGUAUUCUUAUUCUUAUUUAUUACAUUUCUAUAACACCUUUCAUUCAAGAUUCACAGGGACAGUUCACAAUAUAAAAACACAGAAAUGUGUAACAUAGUAACAAACAAAAACACCCCCCCCCCCCAUUUUAGACAGUUUAAUUAGCCAAACGUCUGAGAGAAGAGGGCUGUUGUCGUUUGGUGCCUAGAGAUAUGUAAAUCACAUAGGAGGGGAAUGGGAACAUAGUGAGGGCAGGAUUCGUUCUGUAUGAACAGCACCAGUGAUUGCACUUACACCAGUCCAGAUGUGUAAAUUGCAAAACAGUUAUCCCUGGUGUGCCAAAACCCAUUCAUUGACUGGACAGGUCCUGGGUGCUCGCUAGCUUACAGCACAUAGCUCUUUAUUAGCACCUGUAACACUGAACCUAAUAGCCAGUUUACUUAAAAUUCCAUUCAAUUAGUUUUAUUAGUUUGCAGCAGGAACGGGGUGGGAGGGAGGCAUGAGUCUCAUGAUACCUUAAAGGCUACGAGCUUUUGGUGUCACUUUUUGAAAGCUGAAGCCUGCAAGUGUUCAUGCAAGAUUGAACUAGCUGUUCUGUAAGGAGUUGCCACAGGAUUUGCACAAGACCAGGAGUUUGAAUCCAAGUCUUCCACGUGCUGGGUCAUGCUUAGUAGAAUAAUCUGAAUACAUUAGCCUUCUUCUCUCUUAACAUGCUUCCUUCCAUUUGUUGAGAACUUGUACAAAGGGUGGAAAGGUAGAACGUCUGGGUUCUUCUGCCAGGGACCAUGCAUUGACCUCCCCCAGUAACAUUGAGGAAACGUGGCUGGAAGUCUUUCUUCCUAGCACCACCACAUACUCAUCACCUGUCUCCAGAGUGUUAGUAGAUCUGGUCCAAAAGAGCAUUUCAGUUUGCUUGAAGCUGUCAUCAAAAUGUGUUUGGCAUCAACAACCUUGUACCUGUUUUGCUUAUCACUUUUGCCAAGUAAUUCCAAAAUGACCUGCCCUUCUCUCUUUGUUAUUUUCCCUGCCUGUGCUGACUGCACUAAACAUACCCUAUAUCCUUCCAGGGGUAACAUAGCACAGUAAAGAAAAGGAGUGUUCUGCCUAUGAAUUCCUCUUCUGAGAGACCUGGGGAUUAUUUAUUUAAAGUGUAAAUCUGGGUGGUUUAUCUGCAGUAGUUUCCUGGCAUUUAAAUGCUGGGUGGGAAGGCAGAUAAAACAGUUGGGCUAGAAUUUAAUUAAUGGCUUAUCAAAAUUGGUACCCUGGACUAGGAUGGCUUCCAGUUUUGAACAUGAUGCUAAAAACCAGUAGGUGGGUGCAUGUAUUGCACUUCUGGGGAGUGAUGCAUAGAGCAUUGGGCUGCAGUGCCCUCAUGCUCUUAACGCUUAUGAGGUUUGUAGAGGUUGCUUCUCCUUCAGUUGCAUGCAUCAGAAUCUCUGUGAAGUCUUCCUCCUCCAUCUUUGCUUCAGGGUAUCUGUGUAUGAGCUUCAAUGUACUUCACCUCCUACCACAAGCUUCCUGGUGCCUUUUGACGUCAGCUGUGAGCUUGGGGUAGCCACGUGGGACUGGCAUUCUCUGCGCUGGGGAGGGGGGAACUGGGAGAUGUGGGCAACGUUUCUCGGGUACCCUGACUCAUCCUGUCCCUUCUCCUUUCACAGGGCAGCAAGGCGAAAACCCCCAACCCUUCCUUCACUGGAGCUCAGCUUCGUGUUUUGUUUUUUUAUUUAAAAAAACCCACCCACCCCACCGCACGCACACCCCUCCCAAUGUCUUAGAAUGAGCCGUUUUUUUAUCAAAACGGUGGCUUUGCGGCCCAGCGUUGGCCUUGCAGUGAAGCCAGAGCUGGAUUGAAAGAUGUUAAUUUUGGGGAAAAAAUCACUUUUUUUUUUCCUGCAGCAGCUGGGUUAGAGGAGGAAUCUUUUAGCCUCGCAUGAGCUCACCUCUCUCAGGCAUUUUUAGAAAUGGUGUUCAAAGGGCUUGGAUUGUUUCCUGCCGGGAGCUCUCCCCUGCCUGGUUCUGCAGUAACCGUGGCUGGAACAAGAGGGUGAGAGGGGGGAAAAAAGGACAGAAAAUGAAAGAGAGAGAGAGGAAAAAAAUCGUUACUGACUUUGACCUUUUUACACCUCCGGUUUUUCUAAUCUGGGCUAUUUUUAUUUUUGUUUUUUUACAGCGAGAUUUUUUUGAUCUUCAGCUACAGUAAGUUAUUCAAUUUUUUUCCAAUUUUUUCCUGCCUUUCCACUGAUUUCCUUUUUAUCGUUGUUGCUAGUUACUUAUUGAUAUUAUUGCUACUAUGAUGGUGGUGACUGUGACUAUGAUGAUGUGUUGCUGAUGGUGGUGAUUUAAAAAAAAUGACUGCUGAUUUUUAACCGGAUGAAAAUGGAGUUUUUCUGAGUGGUCCUAACUGACUCUGGGCUUUUAACCCCUUGGGGGGGAAAAACACAACAAGGUUUUUAAAACACAUUUUUUUAAAAAAAGUGGAUUGAUCGCGUUUAACUCUUUUUUUCCCUCCCUCCCUGAUUGCCUGGCUGCUAAGAACGGAACCCAAUUUCUCUCCAGAACUUGUUUGAACAUCUCAGGAAGUUCCUACACUUUUUUAUUUUUAUUUUUUUUAAUUUUUAAUAUUUCAUUUCUGUGCAAUUUUUCAACUGUUGCUGCAAUGUGUCUGUGGUGCUGAUCGCUCGCUAGCAGUGACAGCCUUCCCUUGGUCAGAUCCCGCCCCCCCCUUCCUGUCUCGUACCCUUCAGUUCCCAUCUUGAUAUUUUCCUCCACACCGUCCCUCCCUUACAAACGCCGUCAUGGAUGCCCAGUCUGGAUUGGCAGAGGCAGUUACCUGCGGAGCCUUGCAUGGAGCAGACACAAACCCAUCUUGGCUGAUGGUAAGGGGCUGAGUUGGCUUACUUCCAGGCUUCAGCAGCCAUCCCUCUUAAAGGCCUUGCUGAAAAAGAGUACACACCUGCACUUCAAGCAAAACUCUGUUAGUAGAUGUGAGUGGACCUGUUCAGGUCUUCAUUGCCUUCUGAACAUGCAGCCACUUUAAGGGUUAGAAGUGGGGGAGAGGGGUUGUCUGGUUUUGGGGAGCAAAACCAAGUUCAGCAACCAAGCUCAGUAUAUCUUGUUGCGCUGGGCUUUGUGGGUAGGGGGUGAACUGGCCAGUUUUGUGUGGUGGACUCUUUCUUUUUUUAAAAGUGGCAACAAAACUACACUCCCAGAGUAUAAUUCUGUGUUAAACUUUGCAGUGCAUGCGCACAUACUUGGAAUCUUUUGCCCGUUACUUGACCCUAAUUAACAGAUUGGAACACUCUCUUUUAACAGUUGAGUUAUAUAUAAAAAUACUAGAGUAUGUCACAGUACCCAAGUUACCUUGAUGCAUUGCAGAGAUUAAAGGAAGUCUCUGCCAGCAGACUUAUGCUAGACAUGAGAAAGGCAACAGGGGCGGGAAUGAAACAAGCAAGUUCAGGCAAUAGCUUUGUGAAAAGUUACAUCAUGAACAUCUUUAAGGGUAGUGAUGGUGGCUGAUAAAAGCUCUGGUUAAUAAUGAAAUAAUAGCCAAUCUUUAGGCCUUGGGUACAUCACGCUCCUGGCAGCGACAAACAGAAGAAGUGCAUGCUAGGUGCCAGCUAAAGUCAUGGGACCUCUCUUCAGAACUAAGUUUUGUGGUCAUAAUAUGGCCUUGCUGAGGCAUGGUAACUCAUGGACAGAUGUGUAAUCGACAGCCAGCAUAUUUUGGCUUGGUUUGUGAGUUAAUCCCAUUCAUUGCUACCACCAUGGCUUGCUCCCCAUUGCUUUCCCUGAGAGCUGUAGAAUGUGCAGAGAGCUUCUGGACCGGGCUUUUGAAGAAAGCAGCACCCCUCUGCAUCUUCCAAAAAACGUGUGGAAGAAAACCUAGUCAUUCCUUUCCUCCUCCUUAGCUUGCUGCAAUUUGCCAAAGCCUAACUUGCAAUAGAGAGAGAGAGAACGUUUGUUUUUUUUCUCCCAGUUGGGUUUUUGCCGAAGGCAUCAGCAGAGAGGGACUCCUGGCAUUUUCUGCAAAAUUGCAGCUUGAUGUAUGAGAACCAUCUAUGGGAACGGAUGGAAGUGACCCUUUUGUCUGUGCAGGAAAGGGAAUAAAGGAGGGCUAAUACCCCCCCCCCAAUCCCAUGAUAGAUAGAUAGAAAUUUUAAAGAGACAACCGAAAAACACAGUUGAUGCUUUCUGUGGAAACGCCAGGGAGCAAAACCACUUUUCUUCUGAUUCGGGGUGGGGGGGAGAUGUCCCUGCCCCCCCGGGUGAGUUCAACUUCUGAAAGAAAGUGUCAGCACCUCCUUGCCGCCUGCAUCAUGAAUUGAACUGGAAAGAAAAGAGAUUGCCUCUUCAUUCCUCCAGAAAAGAGAAAGAUAGUGUCAUUUCUUCCUUUAUCCCUCUCCCCUGUUUUUGGCAGGAGGGAGCCAUGGGCUGCAAAAGCCCAACUUGCAUGAGAAAGAGAGUAUGUUGUUUUUGUUGUUAUUUAUUGCAUUUAUUUGUUGCUUUCUACAAUAAUGUCUCAGAGUGACUUAUGAUGAUAAAAGCAUACAGUAUACAAAAUACAAAAUUCACCAGAAAAAUAAAAGACUACACCUUGUUUCUUCCUCUGAAGCAUUGGGCGGGGUGGUGGUGGUGGUGAAGAGAGGUACUUGCCUGCAAACAGGAUGUGAUGGAAGUGCAGGGAUGGUCAUCAGUUGGGGGUGAAGCACUCACAUACAGUGAGGAGGCAAGUGGAUUUAUCAAACCCUGCAGAGCUUAAAGCUGGGUCUCCUUGGAGCCUUGCAGAGAGGGCCUUCUGACCGCCCUUGACAUUUGGCCAUUAGAAUUGCUUUUGGUAGAGGAUGAUUAACGAAACACUCAUCCCACCUUGAGGUCGCACAGAAAGGUGAUAGCACCAUAAAUCUAAUUUCUGUCCCUGUGCUUUGCUGCAUGUUGUCAGUCCCAUAUACACCACCUGCUCUUAAUCCUGUUUCGCUGGCCUUUGGCUUCAGUGUAUGCUGUGACCACACACACACAUUUACCUUGUUUCUGAUUACAAAAAUCAUGUAAAUCAAAACUGCCAGCUGGAACCGAAAGUGUUGAAUCUUUUGAAGGGUCUUGGGGUUUUUCCCACGACUCUACUCAUUAUCCAGAGGUUGCUCUCCAUUCUCAUCUUGUUCUUGCAAUAGUCCUGUGAAGCAAGUAUAGGCAGAGAGCGUUCACGAGCCUCUGGGAGUUUCAUUGCUGGACAAAGAAUCUGAACAUGGACCUCCAGCAGCGAAACUUAACAAUCAGUCCCCCACUCUGUUCACUUGAUGGCUUAGGUCUGGGUUGUCGAGUAUCACAUGCAACAGAACUAAAUGUGCCAAGGUGAGAGCAGGAAAGUAAAAGGCUUUGCCCUGUUGGAUUUCUGUAAAUAGCUUGGGGGGGGCAGGGAGAGAAGAGAGAACGUGUGUGUGCAUGCAUGCGAGAGAGAGUGAGAAAAUGCGGUGAGCAGCGUUGAAUCUUUCUCCACGCUGAAACUUCUUUCCCAGGCUACUUUCAGAUGUAUUACAAGACCACUCUGAGUUUGUACAUAGACGAAGUUCCAAUACUGAUUUAUUUUAGUUUCCACCGGUCGCUUUAAAAAUAUAUUCUAAGUAUAACUGUUAACUAGGUGUGCGCAAGAGACUUGUGUAGAUGAGCAGGCUCCAUGUUGUUGCUCCAUGUAAGUGGUUGAAAUGAGGCUGGAACUCAAACCAGAAUCUCAUUUCCAUGUUUAUCAAUGAAUCUAAAGAUCACAGCAAGGUCCUGGUGCUUUUGUCAUAAGCAUCUAUAAAUGGAGGCCCAAAGUUAGAUAGCAUUCUACUCACUGCUUUUGAAAGAAGUUUUGUUGAGAAAACUGUGAGAGUUGUCUCACUACUAGAAAUUCUGCUAGCUGGUGACAGCUUUUUGUAUUGGUUUCAUCUGAACUGGAGCUGGGGUUUCUGUAGUUGUGUUCCUUAGAAAACUGGUUAAAAGCAAAUUUGAGGGCUGGGAGUAAAAUUGAUUCUACCCACAAUAUGCUUGUCCUUGAAACAAGGGUCCAGAGCAGGGGUCAGCAAACUUUUUCAGCAGGGGGCCAGUCUACUAUGCCUCAGACCUUGUGGGGGACUGGACUGUAUUUUGAAGGCGGGAAAUGAACAAAUUCCUAUGCCCCACAAAUAACCCAGAGAUGCAUUUUAAAUAAAAGCACGCAUUCUACUCAUUUAAAAUCAUGCCUAUUCCCGGGCCCUCCACAGGCCAGAUUUAGAAGGCGAUUGGGCCGGAUCUGGCCCUCAGGCCUUAGUUUGCCCCAUAGUCUGGCGGUUGAGUUUCUCCUGAGACCAGGCUGACAUGAGAGAUACCCACCCAUCUUGGAAUACCACUGCUAGCUUUAGACACAAUAUUAUGCACAGCCAGGGCUUGACGUGGGCACAGGUGUCUCUUGUGAGAGAAUGUGGGUGGUUCUGUGGCAGGCUGGUGGCAAAGCCACCUCACUUCCUUUAGUGCCUUACGAAAAAUGGUCUUUGCCUAGUGGCAAUCAUUUUUUUAAAAAAGGAAAAUGCAGUUGCUUAGCAAUACUGCUGUGCCUUACUGCUUGCAGGAUGGAUCUGAGAUUUUCCAGCAUGCCUCGGGGAUCGUAGCUAUUCAUUCAAAGGGGGAAGCGCUUCCUGCCAGGCUGUGUGUGUAUUCUGCUGGCUGUGUGUGUGCGCGCAUGUGUCAAGAUGCUGAAAUCCCACGUGACUGCUUUCCCUUCUCUGACAAUCUUCCUCCUCCAGCACCAAGCCUGUGUUUCUGCUGCAUACUUGAGUCAUGGCCAGCAACGUCACCAACAAGACAGACCCACGCUCCCUGAACUCCCGCGUGUUCAUUGGCAAUCUCAACACGCUAGUGGUGAAGAAGUCGGACGUGGAGGCCAUCUUCUCCAAGUACGGCAAGAUCGUGGGCUGCUCUGUGCACAAGGGCUUUGCCUUCGUGCAGUACGUGAACGAGCGCAACGCUCGUGCUGCCGUGGCAGGAGAAGAUGGCAGGAUGAUCGCAGGCCAGGUCCUAGGUAAGCGCCUUGUGGUGGUUUUUAGCUUACCCUUUUUCUUAGGCCUGGCUGAAAUCAUUAACCAGUUCCUUUUCCAAGCACCUCUCUUGCUUCCUUAUUGCCUCAUUUCACACUCAGACAUAACACACCACUCUCUGCUAGCAGAGCCAAACAACUACAUACGCAAACCAAGCACAUACUUUCGGCUCCGUUUCGGAGACAGUCUAGAUGUCAGAGUGGAGGUGGCAAGUCUAUAAAGAGGAGAGCAAGGAAGUCAGAAUUUACAGCUAGAUAUUGAGUUGUGUGGAAGUGCAGAGUGUUGCCCAUGUUUAUUUUAUUGUAUUUAUUUUUAUUCCACCUUUCAAGGUACAGUUUCUUCUAAGGCAGCUUACAAGUAACAUCAAAACAUGGUAAACACACAGAGCAACAUCAGAAAGGUGGGGUACAAGCCUGUCUUUCCUAAUUCUCUAUUGACACCUUUUGAAGCCUUAAUCAAGUAUACCCAAAUUCUAAUGAUCCAUUCCGCAGGAUGGAGCAGGAGCAGGUUCCUGAUUUUUUCUUUUUCUUCAUCUGCCUUUCUUUCCCGAGAUCCUUCCAGGGCUGUUGGUCAUUUUGGGUUGGUGAGGGAAAAGAAAGGCAGCUUGGAGCCUUGAUUGGCUUUUAUGGAAAUAAGGAAUGUUGAUCACCAUGUAGAGGUAGCCUUUAGGUCAGGUUUUUCAUUUCUUCCUCUGUAUGUGUGGUGUUUGUGUAUGUUUAUGACAGUCUUCCUGGUCCUCACAGCAUCCAGGUGUGUGAAGCUAGGAGAGUGGAUGUCCUUGGGCAAGUCAGUGGGGAUUUGAACUAGGGUCCAGAAUGUCACAACCCAGCCCGCUCUUGUGGCUACCCUUGUCUCCCCUUUUGAGACUAGCUUAUAUGUAUUUGGCAAUGCUGGGCUGGGGCAGGGAGCCUGGCACCAAUCCUCUUCUGAGCUACUCUACCCCACUCCUCUCCAAAAAGCCUGAGCGGAGCAGCUAAAGCAUUUUUAUUGCAUUGCUCCUUCAAAGCAGUUCACCGUUUUGCCUAAGUAUAGGGAAAGGAGACACAACUUGUGCAGCCGGCAUCCCUGUAAUAUUGCAAUUGGCUCAUUGUUUCAUUAGGCAAGACUCAAGACAAGAGUGUUUAUGCAGCUCUGUUUGAAAGCCACAGUUCCAAAUUCCUCCAAUCGAAAAGCAACAUCCCUGAUCUUCAGAGAAACCAGCAGCUUUGUCUUCUCUCCCCUGCUGCCCAUAGCCCUGUAAAUAACAGUACAAGUAGCUUAGUAGCCCACAGAUAUUAAUUGGCUUAGUUGCCCAUUCAAGCUGUUUAGUAGUCACAUAAUGGCAUAUUGGUGCGCUUCCAUUUUAGACUAGCUUUCCUUCCUAGUCACUGGGACAAACUUUCACUCUGCACAUGAGACAGAGUAGAGCAGCUAUUUACAAGCUUGCUCAGCCUUGCUUGUCUUUCAUUCCAGUGUUUCCUCUGCCAGACAACAUUUUCCUGCCACCCCUCCCCCAGGUGGUGUGGAAAAAAAUUGUCUGUUCUGUGUAGCCCAUCCAUCCUGCAGUGAACCCUCUUACUUUGGAAGUGCUGCUUAAUAUAUUAGUUCUGUCACUGUGUGGCUUAGAUUUACUGCAAGGGAAAGAGUUGCACUUUUCCACCCAGCAGUAAGAAGCUGAGUGUCUAUGUUUGCAACUGGCAAUUGGCUGAAGAUCCUGGCUGACAUGAGAUGUCUUAUUCAGUAUCAUUUUUUUGCCAAACACAAUGCCUUUUUUUGGUGUUCCUGCUUGAAGCUAAUGGCUCAUAGCUUGUCUUCUACCCUCCUGGCUCUCUUGCAACUGGGCAUUAUGUUAUCUGUACCUUUUAGCAGCAUAUCCUAUGCCAUCCCUUAGGGCAAUGUGUCCCAUCCCAGAACAGAGAGAGCUCGGCAACACAUUAGUGCCCAGAUGUAUAGCAGGCCUCGACUUGUUUCCAAGAGUUGUGAGAUGCUGACUUUCAAAAUUGGCAUGUCUCUCUCUCUCUGUGUCUCUGUUCCAGAUAUUAACCUGGCUGCCGAGCCGAAGUUGAACCGGGGCAAAGCUGGGGUGAAGAGAUCGGCCACAGAGAUGUACGGGUCAGUAGCCGCACCACCUUCUCCGUCCCCUCUAGUCAGGUCGGGACCCUUACGUUUUUUUUCCAUUAUUUUAACAUUUCUGUUCUUUUUAUUUCUCUGGCUUUGUACCCUGCAGUGAGCAAUGUCUCCGUAGGUCUUAAUUGUCUAGCUGGUUGCAAGGAAAUGAAGCUGAGUGUGUAGAGGCGUGUGUAUAUGUACGUGUGCAUGCGUGCAAGCAACUCCAUGUGAAUGUGAGAGGCCAUGUGGGAGAGUGGUUUUUUUAUACCUGCGGGUGGCACAAUUUGUUAUCUUGGAUCCCAGCGCAAAGCUCAGGUGGCUUUGAAGUGUGGGUGACAGACAGAGGGAUUGUUGGAUAAACGCAGGGUUGCCUUCGCUCUUGCACUGUGAAUAACUGUGUUUAGCCUUGAUAUGCCAGACUGGGAAUGGACUCCUGAUAAUGGGAAGCGAAAGAAUCUCCUGUUCCUUUCAGCCCUCCUGAGCAGGAUUCCUUUCCUUGGUGGUCUCCCUGAGACCUGACCAUGUUUCAUGUGCUUUGUCUUUCAGGUCAUCUUUUGACCUGGACUAUGACUUCCAGCGUGACUACUACGACAGGUAGGUUUACCUGAAUGCUGUUUCCUGCAUUGUACAUGCUUCGUUCCUUCUGGUAAAAUAGGAAAGCACCUGUACACUGUUCUGUUGUCAGCAUCAAAUAGAUCAGGCCUUUUAAUUCCCUCCUUCCAAAACAUUCCAGGUGUAGGUUCCUUUUUUUGGCAUAGAGUAUAACAACCUGAGAAUGAAUUUCCAUUUUCACUCAAGGCACUUAGCCAGAUCCUGGGUUCUUGUGGUGCUUCUCAUAUUUUUAAGAACCGUCUGUUGUUAAACGGUGAGGAAGAUGAGGGGAUGCGUAGUAGAAGCCAUAGGGAUGACUUUAAUGGAGAUGGCAGUGUUUGAGGGAAAAGUGGAGGCAUUUUUUUCUUUGGCCAAAAGGAGUCUGGGGAGGAAGAAAGGGUUUUCACAAGGGGUUGUAGGUCAGUGGUAGAGUGCCAGGUUAGCAGGUAGAAGCUCCUCAAGUACCUCCCUGCUUCCCAUGUGUAGGGCUGCAAAAGUCCCUUGUCAGCAGCCCUGAAGAGCCUCUCAAUGGAGGCUGGUUCAUGGGUGCAAACAAAAUACUGUCCCACCAACCUCCACUGGCCCCCACCCAUCCUCUUUGAACCAAAUCAGGGGUUGGCUCUUUCUGCUACCUUCCUCCUCCUUCUCCUUCUCCUCCUCCAUCUCUUUGUUGUCAUUAUAGAACUCAGAAGGGAGGAGGAUGAAUUAGUUGGCCAUGCCUGUAGCUGGCUGUGGCUGCACCCACCUUUUUCCUGCCAGUCCCCUUGGGCACCAGCCGCCACUGAAGCUGCUGCCAGUCAUGGUGUCCCAAUGCCAGGACUCUUGAGUUGGUAGAAAGCAGCUGCCAGAUGGAUGGGGUAUAAAUAAUAAAAUUAUUAUUUCUAUGCUGCAAGGAGCUGUCUUAACCUUCUUGCCCAGAGGAUCUGCCUGAUCUUCUUGGGUUGGUGUGGGGAGGGAGCUUUCCUGGGACACUUACCCAUGCACAGCCUGGGAGCCACCAGUGAGCCAUUGCCCCUUCCAUACACCUCCGGUGCAGUUUGUCUCCAAAUGCCAAGAAGGGAGGAACCACAGCCAUUGAGCUUGUGCAUGAGCAAGAAGCAGAUUGAACUUACACAAAGGAAGAUGUCACUCAACAGGGAGUUGAGUGCUGGCUUCUGAUGAUGGCAGUUUUCUCUUGUGCCCCUAGGAUGUACAGCUACCAAGCGCGGGUGCCGCCUCCGCCUCCCAUUGCCCGGGCCGUGGUGCCCUCCAAACGCCAACGGGUUUCUGGCAACACCUCCCGCAGGGGCAAGAGCGGAUUCAACUCAAAGAGCGGGCAGCGGGGGUCGUCUUCCAAAUCUGGAAAGUGUAUGUGUUGAAUUUUCUGGCUAGGCGCAGGUGAUUUGAGUGGGGUGGGGGCCCUUUCUCUUGCACAAGGACUUAAACUGGGAUUCAGAAAAGUCACAGAAAGUGCCACUGAGUGGUUAAAUGUUGCGGUAGCCUUACAUAAAAUCCUUGGGGAUUGGCUAGAACUGUUCUCUUGGCAAGGCAGAAGUUCCAUUUGGAACUGGGGUGUGCAGAAGGUAGAUCGGGAUCUACUGGGUAUUGUGCAACAGAUUCUGCUUCUCACUUGGUUAACAAUGGCAGCAACUGAAAUGAUUCUUGCCCCUGAAUUAGGCUACUGAAUUUAAGAAAGAUAGGUGAUGAUUUCGUGUGUGAAAAGGCCAUAAGCUCAAUUCAGUCCUGGUGGUACAAAACUACCCAAUUCCUAGGUUCAGAUGCACCCUGCUCUUGUAAUUCUAAUUAUGUUUUUGUGCUUGGAUUUUGCUGGAAGACUUCUAAUUAACAAAGUAGAUCUGACAUGUUUAAAGUCUUCCCUGAUUUGAAACGGGCCCCUCCAUGCUGUAGUGGGUGAUGCUGAAGCUGGCAGUGGGCAAGGGUUACCCUCUUGCCCCCCUUUUAUCUCUCUUUGCCUAGCAAGCUGCUGGGAGAGGGUGAGGUCACUCUUGCCAGAGGCCUGUCCUGGUCACAUGCUGUGAGCUUGGGCUGAAGGUCAUGUGUAUCCCUAGGGCUGCAGGUUUCCAAUUCCAAUUCCUGGCGUAAAUUGCUGACUUGCCCAUAAAGAGUGAGAAAGUUUCACUACCCUGGACUGUUCUUUAUCCUAGUUUCAGAGGGGCAUCUGAAAACUCCUGGCAACAGUUGCACCUUCCUUUGCUUUUCAGCACUAUUUAUUUCCCUAUCUCUUUUUUAAUGGUGGGUUGAGAAGAAGGAACAGUGGGGAAACCUCCUCUCCCUGGGAUAAAUGCUUCGCUUAAUCUCCAGAUUUAUAUCUGUGUUAGCUGUCUUUCAGCAUCUAUUGUUGAGAUGCUGAAUAUAUUUGGAAUAGGCAUUGAGUGCCUAUGUUCAAAAAAGCUAAGCCUUUGGUAUCAGUGCUUCCGAUAAACAGUGUGCUCAUGUCCUUUUUAUUUCAGUGAAAGGAGAUGAUCUGCAGACCAUUAAGAAGGAGCUGACCCAGAUUAAGCAGAAAGUGGAUUCCCUGCUGGAAAGCCUGGAGAAGAUAGAGAAAGAUCAAAGUAAACAGUCAAAUGAAAGGGUUGGGAGGUGGAUGGGAGGCGGGGGGAGGACCCUGGAAGCCCUUCAUGGGCUUGGGACUUUUGGGGGGCUGAAGGUUGUGGGAAUUUGGCUUGAAGCAUCUCUUCAGGCUUUAUCCUUCCUCCCCAAUAAAGAGAGAGCCUUGUUUGGGAGGGACACGGGCUGUCUGGGAAUGCAUAUCUGACGUAUGUAAUUGUGGUGGUUUUCUAGGUGGGCUUUGGUUUUGGGUUUCCAGGAGAGCAACCUUGUGAUGCUCCUUCGCUGCUCUUCAAUUUAACAGCUUUCCAUAGCUAGGAGGGCAGCGCUCUAGCCCCUCCUCUAUAUUGUCGGUGGGGAGAGCAGCCACCUUGCCAAAGCCCUUUGCGUACAGCCAUAGUUCUCCGCAACAGCCUUGCAAAUGAACCCAUGGCAGCUGCUUGAUCACAGAUGUGUCGCGAGCUGCCGGCCCCUUCAUGCCUUUGCAUAGGUGGCCUGACUAGGAAGAACCGACCUCCUUCCGGCUUAUAAAAGCUCUUCUGCCUCUGGGAUGGUUCCGGCUCACCAGAGGCGUGUGGUUGGCUUGACGAGUCUUGAUGUAGGAAAAUUCCACGUGGGGCGGCAGCCCCGAGAGCUUAGGAGAGCAGGCGAGCGGUUCCGAUACCCUGCUGGACCCCUCCUCUCUAUAUCCUCCCUUCCUAGAACUGAAGAAUGACAAGUCUGAGGAGGAGCAAAGCAGCAGCUCGGCCAAGAAAGAAGAGAGCAAUGUCAAGAUGGAGUCUGAGACUGGGGCGGAUGACUCCGCUGAGGAAGGGGACCUGCUGGACAAUGACGACAAUGAAGACCGGGGAGACGACCAGGUACGAAGCUGGAGGCGGCAGAGAGCCAGGAGUGAGGAGCGCGGCUCUCCCUGUUUGCUAACUCGGCCCCUCUGCCUGUCCCCUUCUCUCUCUCAGCUGGAGUCCAUCGAGGGGGAUGACAAGGAGCCCGAAGAAGGCGAAGACGACAGAGACAGCGCCAAUGGCGAAGACGACUCCUAA